AUGGAAAUUCAGACUGGGGAUGUCUGUCAGGACUGCACUGAAAUAUUUGAACUCCUAGAGGACCUGCUUUCAAAUAAGCACAUCCAGGAAAAGAUCGUGGACCUCCUUGUCCAUGUGUGUGCUGACCUGCCUGGGUCAUCCUCUCUGUCCAAAAUCUGUGAAAAGCAGGUGAAGAAGAUGAUUCCACUGGUGAUCAACAUGGUUACUACUUUCAUUCAGCCUGAAAACGUCUGUGAAACCCUGAAGGCCUGCGACUCCAGCAAAAUGUACAAGCCUCUCAGCUACUAUGCCAGGACCCCUGAGGCAGAUAUAACUGAAAAUAAGUUCUUCUUGAUGUGCAGCAUCUGUGAAAAUAUCAUCAGGACUGUGGAGGGUUUGCUGCCCAAAGACAGGACUGAAGAGACUGUGGCUGAGGCACUAAAAAAGGCUUGUCGUAUUCUUCCCUUUGGAAUUGCACAAGUAUGUGAUGAGAUAGUUGGAAAGUACUUCAAGCAGGUAGUAGAUUUACUCCUGGAACACGCUGCACCAAGGGUCAUAUGCAUUGCUAUCGACAUGUGUGGACUGUUCAAGAAAUCUUUUGUGGAAAAAUGUGAGACCUGCUCACCACCAUUCUCUGGCGUCCAUGAUGAUGCCCUCAGAAUGUUUGCUUCAUCCAACCAAGGACCCAAACCCUAAAGGGAAAGUACAUUAUAAUGAUUUAAAAUGGAGCAGAAACAAAUCUUCACAUUUGAUGACAUUCACUACAUGUGGUAUCAAGAUGAUGUGAUAAUUGGGAUGAGUAGGUCUCUGUAUGCGAUGUUGAAUUCUGUUUCAUUCUGUUUGUUAAAUUUCACAGCAAAUAAGUAAUAAAACAUACACGUUAUAUAACAAAUCUCCAUACGACUUUCUUCAGUGUAGGACCAAGAGUGUGAGCUGGGUCAUGGUGACCCCACUGAUGAUCCAAGUCUUUCUACAAGUCAGACAAACCUGACACUCAUUCUAGUAAUUUUUUCCACAAAAUGCUACUGGUUUCAUGUCUUGGUGUGUAUGACUUUACGUCUAUCUAACCAACACAGAAGAACUUACGCAUGACAACAUGGAGGAGAUAAGGAACGCAUACUGUAAUCAAAAUAGACUGA